GAGGCAGGUGGGUGGGGCGAUGCUCUGCACCGGCCUGGACGUCCUUUCUUUCUCCAAUUGCGCCUAGAGCCACUCGCUGUGUGCGGUUCACUGCCUCUGGAGACCCGUCAGUCUCACGUAUCUGCACGGGUCGUUGGAGUCGUUAGGAAGGACUCAGGAAACCUCGAAAUGGAUUCAGUGACCAUUGAGGAUGUGGCUGUGGACUUCACACUGGAGGAGUGGGCUUUAUUGGAUCCUUCACAGAGGAAACUCUACAGAGAUGUGAUGCAGGAAACCUUAAGGAAUCUGGCUGCAGUCGGAGCAAAACGGGAAUAUCAUGACAUUGAAGAUCAGCACAAAAACCAGGGGAGAAAAUUAAGAACUUUUAUGGUAGAGAGAUUCUGUAAAAGUAAAGGCAUUAGUUUAUGUGGAGAAAAUUUCAACCUUAUUCCAACUCUCAAUCUGAACAAGAAAACUCCUGGAUUAAAACCAUGUGAAUACAGUGCAUGUGGAACAGUCUUCACGGAUCAUUCAUCCCUUAAUAGACACAUGAGAUGUCACAUUGAACACAAAACACGAGAGUAUCAAAAAUAUGGUGUAAAGCCAUAUAAAUGUAAAGAAUGUGGGAAAGCAUUCAUUUAUCCUGGUUCUCUUCGAACACAUGAAAGGAGUCACACUGGAGAGAAACCCUAUGAAUGUAAACAAUGUGGAAAAGCAUUUCCAUAUCAGAAAUCCUUCCGAACACAUAAAAGAAUUCACAGUGGAGAGAAACCCUAUGAAUGUAAGCAAUGUGGUAAAAGAUUCAGUGCUCAAAAACGUUUCCAAAUACAUGAAAGUAAUCACACUGGGAAAAAACCCUAUGAAUGUAAGGAAUGUGGGAAGGCCUUCACGUGGGAAACAAGCUUUCGACAACACAUGGUAACACACACUGGAGAUGGAUUUUAUAAAUGUAAGAAAUGUGAGAAAGCAUUCAUUUAUCCCAGUUGUCUUCGAAUGCAUGAAAGGAGUCACAACGGAGAGAAACCCUAUCAAUGUAAACAAUGUGGAAAAGCCUUUAAAAGUCCUGAAACUAUUCAAAUACAUGAAAGAAUUCACAGAGGAGAGAAACCCUAUGAAUGUAAGCAGUGUGGUAAAGCCUUUAAUUAUUUCAGUUCCUUCCAAAUACACAAAAGAAAUCACACAGGAGACACACUGUAUGUAUGUAAAACAUGUUCUAAAGUACUGAGUACUGCCAGUUCUCUUCGAAAUCAUGAAAGAAUCCACACUGGAGAAAAGCCCUAUAAGUGUAAAGAAUGUGGGAAAGCCUUCACAUGGCAAAAAACCUUUCGAAAACAUAUGAUAACACACACUAGAGAUGGACCUUAUAAAUGUAAAAAAUGUGAGAGAGUAUUCAUUAAUCCCAGUUCUCUUAAAAUACAUGAAAGGAUUCACACUGGAGAGAAACCGUAUCAAUGUAAACAAUGUGGCAAAGCCUUUAGUUACUACUGUUCCUUACGAGUACACAGAAGAACUCACACUGGAGAGAAACCCUAUGUAUGUAAACAAUGUGGAAAAGCCUUUAGUUGUCAUGAAAGCCUUCAAACACAUGAAAGAAUUCACACAGGAGAGAAACCGUAUCAAUGUAAACACUGUGAGAAAGCCUACAGAUACCACAGUUCUCUUCGAACCCAUGAAAGGAGUCACACUGGAGAGAAACCUUAUCAAUGUAAACAAUGUGGUAAAUGUUUUAGUUCUCAAAAAGGAUUCAAAGUUCAUGAAGGAACCCAUACUGGAGAAAAACUCUAUGAAUGUAAAAUAUGUGGGAAAACCUUCCCAUUCAUUUCUCCUAGUUCUCUUAGAACACAUGAAAGGAGUCACACUGGAGUGAAGCCCUAUGCAUGUGGACAAUGUGGAAAAGUCUUUCGAUAUCAAAAAUCCUUCCGACUACACAAAAGAACUCACACAGGGGAGAAACCCUAUGAAUGUAAGGAAUGUGGGAAAGCCUUCAUGUGGGAAACAACUUUUCGAAAACACAUGGUAACUCACACUGGAGAUUUACCUUAUAAAUGUCAGAAAUGUGAGAAAGCAUUCAUUUAUCCCAGUUGUCUUCGAAUGCAUGAAAGCAGUCACAAUGGAGAGAAACCCUAUCAAUGUAAACAAUGUGGAAAAGCCUUUAAAAGUCCUGAAACUAUUCAAAUACAUGAAAGAAUUCACAGAGGAGAGAAACUCUAUGAAUGUAAGCAGUGUGGUAAAGCCUUCAAUCAUUUCAGUUCCUUACAGCUACACAAAAGACAUCACACAGGAGAGACACCGUAUGUGUGUAAAACAUGUUCUAAAGUAUUGAAUACUGCCCGGUCUCUUCGAAAUCAUGAAAGGAUCCACACUGGAGAAAAACCCUAUGAAUGUAAGGAAUGUGGGAAAGCCUUCACAUGGAAAAUAACCCUUCAGAAACACAUGAUAACACACACUGGAGAUGGACCUUAUAAAUGUAAAGAAUGUGAGAGAAUAUUCAUUAAUCCCAGUUCUCUUAAAACACAUGAAAGGAGUCACACUGGAGAGAAACCAUAUCAAUGUGAACAAUGUGGUAAAAGUUAUAGGUAUCCAGCGGUUUUGAAAAUACAUCGAAGGACCCAUACUUGAGAAAAACCCUAUGAAUGUAAAAAUGAAGGGAAAACCUUCACUUCCGUAUAUUUUCAAGUGCAUGAAAGAAUUCACACUGGACAGAAACCCUAUCAAUGACAGGAAUGUGGGAAAUCUUCAUUUGCCUCUCAGUCGUUCAAAGACCUGAGACUGCACACUGGACAGAAAUCAUAUAAAAUGUGACGAAUGUGGGAAUGGCUUUUCUGAUCUUAGUAGUUUAUGAAACCAUAAAAGGAUUUACUAGAUAAAACCUUGUUUGUAAACAGCCUGGGAAACACUUCAAUUGGUCGAUAUCAUUACACAAAAAAACUCCCAUAGAAAAGAAGUAUAAAUGUAAGUAACAUGAGAUAACUUGAUGGAAAGUAAUCUAUGCCUAAUGUUCCAGAAAACCUUCAGUAUGAAAGAGUUUUUUAAAUUUUUGUUUAUUAUUAUUUAUUUUUUGCCAGGCUGUGCAGCAUGUGGGGGAUCUUAGUUCCCCAACCAGGGAUCAAACCUGUGCCCCGUACAGUGGAAAUGCAGAGUCUUAACCACUGGACUGCCAGUGAAGUCCAGAAAGAGUUGUUUUAAAAGUUUAUGGGACUUCCCUGGUGGUGCAGUGGUUAAGAAUCCGCCUGCCAAUACAGGGUACAUGGGUUCAAGCCCUAGUCCUGGAAGAUCCCACAUGCCGCAGAGCAACUAAGCCUGUGUGCCACAACUACUGAGCCUGCGCUCUAGAGCCCGUGAGCCACAACUACUGAGCCCACGUGCCACAACUACUGAAGCCUACGCGCCUAGAGCCCAUGCUCCGCAACAAGGGAAGCUGCCACAAUGAGAAGCCUGCACACUGCAACGAAAAGUAGCCCCCGCUCACCACAACUAGAGAAAGCCCGUGUACAGCAGCGAAGACCCAAUGCAGCCAAAAAAAAAAAAAAAAAAGUAUAAAUAUGUUGUGUUUACUCAGGAUCCUUCUUCAAGUGUAUCCUUCAAUGGUGGAUUUCUACUAAUUUCACAAACGAAUAUUAAUGUGAAUUCAUUCUGUAAUUCGUCUUUCAACAAUAGUACAUAACGUUUAAAGGUAGUGAUUUUUCCUUUAAUCGGAUAGUUAUUUUGUUCUAUUUACUUCUGAAGCCUGUUGGAUUCAUGGAUGCAUUUAAGUGUAUUUCUAGUAUGCAGGGAGGCUUAAAUUUUUAUAAUGUUCUAUUCAUUCUCUGUUAAUGGGCCAUUGAAAAAUGGCAGUUUGGUAUUUGUUGGGAUUUCCUAGUAGUUUUGUGUGGCAGUUCCUAGGUCUAUAAUCUAUUGUAUAUAUUGUACCCUUUUUACUGAGAAAGAUCCUUUUUGGUGGUGGUGCCUAUAGGAGCCUUUUCCCAUUUUCCAUUCUAUUAAACACUUGGAAUAAAUUUUAUGUAUGACUAGGAUGUCAAAGAGUAUACUGUUAUGUAAAUUAUGAUUUUUCCUAUUUGCUUUUUGUGUUUCCUUCUGAGUGGUAUUUGUUGAAUAGACUGUGAGACUUGUGAUAAUACAAAAAAUCUGGAGUUGGAGAUAUCUUGCCUGUGCAUGAUAUUAGAACCUAGACUUUCCAGAAUCUAUCCCCUUUGUGGUUCCAUGUUAGCAUUCACCAACAGCUCACCUGUGUGUGAUUUUAAAGCAGAUGCAGAGAAGACAUUCUUCAGAUAGUGGAGUCCCCACACUGGGAGAGAGGCAGAUACGUAGGAGCUUCAAGGACACCAUCUCCCAGCUUAUUUUCAAGACUCUGUGUCCUUGUAGUCAAGAGUGUCCUCAACACCCCCAACAAAUGUUUGAUUUCCAAUAAACAUGUAGUUUCCCCUGAUAUCUUCACAGCUUCCACAUCAAAGAUCCAUCAGAGUUUGACUUUUUUCUGUAAGCCCUCUUGUGUCCACUUCGAAAGUUAUUUCAGUAUUUUAUGGUUGGUAAUAGUCUCUGAUUCCACUCCUCUCUGGAUUAUAUCUUUAUAGUGUCUAAUAUGUGUAGGAAACACUUUAUGUUGUUAAUAAUACUAGUAAGUAUGUGUUCCUGACUCACCACGACAUUCACAAUGGUGCUGCCAAAAAGAAUGACAUGGGAGUUUGUUUCUCUGCUGCAUUGUGCAGGGGCAUCGGUGACCCAUUGUUUCCAUGUGAGAAUAAGCACCUCCUUCUGUCAAGAUGGCUAUGGGUGUUUCCUGUUACUUGUUGCUGAAUAUAGUCCCCUAACAUGUUUUUUAUUGUAUUUUAUUUUACAUGAUUGAAGCUGUUUGAAUUUUUUGUGAAACAGUAGUUUUUGUAGUCUUUUCAAAUAUUUUACCAACUCUUUUUGAAGCUUUCAUUAGCUAACAAAUGUUACUUUUCAUUUCCUCAGAGAAUAUGUUAAAGUACCCAUUUUAUGUAUGAAUAUUUAGAAAAACCUUGCCACUUUCUUCAUUUAAUCAUUAUGCAAUAUGAGUAAGUUUUUAAAAAAUAUUUAUUUAUUAGGUUGGCCAAAAGGUUUGUUCAUUUUUUUCCGUAAGAUGGUCUAGUAGGGCUUCCCUGGUGGCACGGUGGAUAAGAAUCUGCCUGCCAAUGCAGGGGACAUGGGUUCGAUCCCUGGUCUGGGAAGAUCUCACAUGCCGUGGAGCAACUAAGCCCAUGUGCCACAACUACUGAGCCUGUGCUCUAGAGCCCGCAAGCCACAACUACUGAGCCCACAUGCCUAGAGCUUGUGCUCUGCAACAAGAGAAGCCACUGCAAUGAGAAGGCUGCGCACCACAACGAAGAGUAGCCCCUGCUCGCCGCAACUAGAGAAAGCCUGCAUGCAGCAACAAAUAUCUAACACAGCCAAAAAUAAAUAAAUUUUUUUAAAAAUUAAAAAAAAGUGAUGGUCUAGUAGCACUAAGUUGUCUUUAACUUCAUUCAAAACAAUUUUGUUAGAUUGUAUUGUGGCAGUUCUCAUAUCAAUAAGCAUUUUUAAAAAAUCAAAAUUGGUGAAUUUUUGUGUAGCCAUUUUAAUAUUGGUGAUGUAAGAAAAAAAGUAACAUAUUCGGCAUGUUAUGCUUUAUUAUUUCAAGAAAGGCAAAAACGCAACUGAAACGCAAAAAAAAAUCUGUGCAGUGUAUGGAGAAGGUGCUGUGACUGAUCAAACCUGUCAAAAUUCGUUUACCAAGUUUCAUGCUAGAGAUUUCUCUCUGGACGAUGCUCCACAUUGGGGUAGACCAGUUGAAGUUGAUAGCGAUCAAAUGGAGACAUUAAUUGAGAGCAAUCGACGUUAUACCACGUGGGAGAUAGCCUACAUACUCAAAAUAUCCAAAUCAAGUGUUGAAAAUCAUUUGCACCAGCUUGGUUAUGUUAAUCGCUUUGAUGUUUGAGUUCCACAUAAGUUAAGUGAAAAAAACCUUGAUCGUACUUCUGCGUGUGAUUCUCUACUGAGAUGUAAUGAAAACGUUCCAUUUUUAAAACAAAUUGUGAUGGGUGAUGAAAAAUGGAUACUGUACAAUAAUGUGGAACGGAAAAGAUCGUGGGGCAGGUGAAACAAGCCACCACCAACCACACCAAAGGCUGGUCUUCAUCCAAAAAAGGUGAUGUUGUGUAUAUGGUGGGAUUGGAAGGGAGUCCUCUGUUAUGAGCUCCUUCUGGAAAACCAAACGAUCAAUUCCAACAAGUACUGCUCGCAGUUAGACCAACUGACUGCAGCACUCAACAUAAAGCAUCCGGAAUUAGUCAACAGAAAACGCAUAAUCUUCCAUCAGGAUAACGCAAGACCGCAUAUUUCUUUGAUGACCAGGCAAAAACUGUUACAGCUUGGCUGGGAAGUUCUGAUUCAUCUGCUGUAUUCACCAGACAUUGCACCUUCGGAUUUCCAUUUAUUUUGGUCUUUACAAAAUUCUCUUAAUGGAAAAAAUUUCAAUUCCCUGGAAGGCUGUAUGAAAGGCACCUUGAACAGUUCUUUACUCAAAAAGAUAAAAAGUUUUGGAAAGAUGGAAUUAUGAAGUUGCCAGAAAAAUGGCAGAAGGUAGUGGAACAAAAUGGUGAAUAUGCUGUUCAAUAAAGUUUUUGGUGAAAAUGAAAAA